AUGACUGCAUUAACAGAUUACAAUAAAACUUUGGAAUUGUUAAGUAUUGUGGAUGAUAGAUAGAAAGGCAUUAUUUAUCUUGAUUCGAAUUUUGAUAGAAUAUUGGAAUCUUUUCUAAAAAGGUUGAAUAAUGAUGAUAAGUAAUUGGUAAUAAAUUAUCUUAAUACUGUUUUUCCAAGAAAUAGUUUUUUAAAUUAAUUGUAAUAGCAAUUAAAUAGUACUAAAUCAUUUUGGAGAAAAAGUGCAAGUAUGAUUAGAUUAAACGAUUAUGGGUUUCAGAAAAAUAUGAUUAAAUUUAAAUUAUAUUCGAUAUUAGACAAUAAAAGAAUGGAUGAAAAUAAAAACUGGAAACAAUUAAAUGAAUUGUUACAAUAAAAAGAAUUUUUUGAUCAUAAUAUCUUCCCUAUUUCUUUAAUGUAAUACAAAAGCAUUAUUGAAAAACUAAGAUAAAAUUGUUGGAAGAUUAUAGACUUAAUAGAAUCAUGUAAAAAUUACAAUUUUCAAUUGAAUUCAACUAUUCUUAAAAAUUUAACAUUUUUUUUCUUUUUACCUGAUGAUCUUCAAAUAAAUAGUAGAGAAUAAACUAAUUUAUAUAUUUUAUUAGGAGAGAUUUUAUCUGAAUGUUGGUUAUAAUUUGAGUAUCACGUUUAGUAAUUAUAAAUUCAAGAUCAAAACUCAGAUUAAUUGAAUAUUUUGAAAUAAGUUCCUAAAUUAUUAGAAAGUGAUUAAUAGACAAUAAAAGAUUCAAUUAAUUAAAUAUUUAGAUCUUUAUUAAAAAUAGAUGAAUAAGCAUAAAUAAAUAUAGGAGAAAUUGAUUAUUUGGUUGAAAAAUUACUACCAAUAAGUUUUGAUUUUCAAGUAGUUUUCUAUUAAAUGUGUUAUCUUUGUUUUUAAUAGUUCAAUUAUUAAUAUAAAAAAAGUGGGGAUAAUUAAAACUAGAUGGAAAAGUUUUCAUUACUUAAUUUAUAUAUUUAAUAAAAAAAGCAAUCCUUGUAAAUUGAUAAGAAAUUAAUUGAUAAAAUGAAGUUAUAUAAUGAUGAAUAAACUUAGUUUUAAUGUGAAUUAAAAAUAUUAUCUUAUAAAUCUAUGGAAGAAUUGUUAUCUUUAAUUAUUGAAGAAGAUUUUCAUCAAUUAAAUAAAGGAAUUCAUAUUAUGAAAAUCAAUAAUUAAAAUGGAAAAAUAUUAAAUCUACUAUCUGAAAUUCCUGAAGAAGAUAAACGAAAAGUAGCAACACUUUUAAAAUAAUUAAUAAAAGAGAAAAAUAUAAUUAAUAUUGCUUUAGAAUUAUAAAAAUUAAAGAAUGAGUAUCCAUUCGAAGAAAUAGAAGUUAUAUUAAGAAUAGUUUGUGAAUAUUAAAAUUAGAAAUUUGAAAAUUAUUAAAUUAUUAAAUAAGCAGUUAAAGAAGGUAAAACUAAAGUUGAAAUGGAAAAUUUAUUAGAAAUUUCAAAAUAUGAUGAAAAUAUGGAAUUAGAUUAAUAAAUUAUUGUACUUUAAGGUUUUAAUGAUGAUCUUUGGGAGUUAAUUUAAUAAAAUCCUAUUUAAAAUACAAUAGCUAAUUCUCUUAUUACAAAAUAUUUAGAUAAAACACCAGAAAAUUCAAUUCAAAUCUUUUAAAUUUUAAGAAGAUUAUAUAAAGAAAAUUAUUUGAUUCAACCCUGUAAUAAUCAAAUAAAAUGUUUUACAUAAUUAUUUACAUUAUUGUAAGAUGAUUAAAUACAUCAUCUUAUUUAUGAUAAUAAAUCUGAUUAGAUUUCAAAUGAAAAAUAUUCAAAAACAAUAGAAAUUUUAUUUAAAAUUUUUAAAUAAAUUAAAAAUGAAAAAGAUUAAUAAGAUUUGAAAGUAGAUUUAGAAUAGAAAUUAAAAUUACCAAAAAUUUAUUGUUUAAAUUUUUUAAUUGACCUUAUAAAAGAUAAUAAAAAUGAGGAAAUUAUAUAAAAUAUUUACAAAUUAGUUUAUUCUUGGCAAUUAUAAUAAAAAUAAGAUCUAAAAAAUAAUGCUGAGUUACUUUAUAGAAAAGAUGCUAAUUUUUAUAAAUAAACCUUCUCUAAAAUUAGAUAUUUUGAUAAUGAAAAAUUACAUCCUAAUUAAUUAGAAUUAUAAUUAAAGAGUGAUAUAUAUCCAAGAUCUCUGAAUGUUUCAUUAGAAAAAUUUAAUAUUUCUUUGACAUUAUUAAAUAAAAAGGAAUAGUAAGAUUUAGUUGCAAAUUGGAUUAAAAAUGUUAAGGAUUAAGAUGCUUUUGAGCAAUUAAUACCAUUUUUUUUUAAUAUCAUUAAAAGAGGAGAAUCUUCUGCAUCAUUUUUAUCUAUAAUUAAUUAGUAAAUUAAGGCUAAUAGAGAUUUGUAAACAAAAUAUGGAUAUUUUAAUUAAAAAUCAAUAUUUUAGAUAUUUUAUAAUAAUGCUAAUGAAGAAUUAAAAGUUGUGCUUCUAAAACUUAUGAGUAGACAACAUCCUAUUCCUUUAUUAUAUAGAACUCCUUAUAAUCCAAUAACUGAAGAAACUGAAAAAUUAACAUUUAACAUCAAUUCAUUUUAUGUUUUUUAAUAAAAUUUCCCAAUCAUAAAUUUAAGUUUAGAUGAAAAUCAAAAAAGAAUUGGUAAAACAGAAUUAAUUAAUAAAAUAUUUUAUUCGUAAUAUAAAUUUGAAAUUUCUGACAAUAAUCAAUUAAACAGAUAAACAGUAGAUAUUAUGUAUGAUUUUGAAUUUAGUGGAUCUAGAAAUUUAUCUAUUGCAGAUGCUCAUAAUUUUAUUCCAUUUGAAAUUUUAGAUGAUAUCUUACCAAUGUUUAAAUUGUGGAUAAUAUAAUUGGAUACAGAAAAAGAAAUUGAGAAAAAUAUUCAAAAAUUAGAAAAAUUAGAAGCUUUUAAUAUUAAAGAUAAAGUUGUUUGCUUUUUAAUUAGAAAUUCAAAAUAAGAAGUCAAUUAAUAAUAAAUAACAUUGUUAGAGUAAUUUAAUAUUUAAUGGAAAUAAGUUAUUGAUUUAUCAGAUAAUGAUUUAAAUAAAUAAAUGAAAGAUGAUGAAAUUGAGUAAGUAUCAAAAUUUCUUUUUGGAAUCAUAGAGUAGUAUAUAGAAUAAUUAUAAUUAAAAUAAGAAUAAUAUUUUAAUUUGAUUUGUUAAAUGAAACAUUAAGAUUUACAUUAAACUUAAGAGAUGAAAUAAGCAAAAAUAUUAUUUCAAGAAAUUGAAGAAGAAUUAAAUCAAUAAAUGAAACAUGAAUUAGGAUUUUAUAAUGAAGCAGCUUUUCCAUUAAGAAGUAUUGAUUGGUAAAUAAAAUAAGAAAAGGAUAAAUAUAUUAAAUUAUAAUAAAAUAAUGAUUAAAAAGAUUAAGUAGCUUUAAAUGAAAUUAAUAAAAAUAUAUCAAAUUUACAAGCUAAAAUUAAGACUUAAAAAUUUUCAAAACUUAUAGUAAAAUUUUGUGAAUUGCUGUAACAAAAUAAUUAUUAUAUUUUAUAUCUUCAAUUUGUUGAUAAUAUAAGAAAAUUUAAUGAAAAAAACACUUAUGAUCUUUAAAAUAAAAAUUAAUUAUUGAGUGAAAAGAUUUAAAAAUUAAAAAAAGAAAAGGAAGCUAUAAAGCCAAAGGAAAAUACUGAAAUAACAAUUGAAUAAAGAAAAUAAAGAGAUAAUAUAUAAAAAGAAAUAGAGAAAAAAAUUCUAAAAUUAAAGCGAAAUUAAGAGGUAAUAUCUAAAAUAAAUAUUGGAAUAGAAUUAUUUUGGAGAGAAAUAAUAUAAUAAAUUGAAAAAUGUAAUAAUUGUUAAAUUGAAAUUGAUCCUGCAAAAAUUGUGAAAGAAAUGAUAUCUAAAGGAGAACCUUAUGAAUUUUUGGAUGGUGAUUAAUUAAGAAUUGAUUAAUAAUUUUUAAUGAAACUAAUUUCAAAUUUUAGUAAUUAAGGAUAAGAAAAAAUAUUGGUAUUAAGUGUUUUAGGGCCAUAAAGUUCAGGCAAAUCAACAAUUUUAAAUAAAAUCUUUGGAUGUCAUUUUUGGACAAGUGUUGGUAGAUGUACUAAAGGAAUUUAUUUAUAAUUAUUAAAAAUACAUAAUAAAGCUUUUUUUAAUAAUUUAUUUGAUUAUAUUGUAAUAUUAGAUAGUGAAGGACUUUAGAGUCCAAGUUAAGAUGAUUAAGAAUUUGAUAAAAAAAUAGCUCUUUUUGUGUUAUCAAUUAGUGAUAUUAUUUUAGUAAAUGUUAAAGGUGAUAUAACAUAAUAAUUUAAAUCAUUAGUUGAAAUGUGUAUUUUUACUUUGGGAUAAAUGAAAAGUUUUACAAAUGAAAAAUAAAUUACAUGGUGUUUUAAUUAAAAUAAUGAUGUAAAUAAUCAUGCACCAUUUUUAUAAUAAUUGUAAUCAAUAGCUACAAGUUUAAGUACAGAAUUUAGUAAUUAAAAAGAAGAAAAUGAAACAAUUGAUUAUAAUGAUAUUCUUGGAAUUACAAAGGAUAAUAUUAAAAUUUUAGGAUUUGCAUCAACUGAAGAAUUAUGGAGAAAAAAUGAAAAUAAUGGAAUUUAUUCAGAUUGGAGAUAAUUAAAAAUAAAUGGAACUUUUUCUGAAGAAGCUUAUGAAUAUGGUAUUAGAGUAAUUCGAUCAUAUGUUUAGAAAUUUGGAAAUGCAAAAGAAAAUGAUUAAUAAAGAAAUAAAUAAAUGGAAAAUUUAAAAUCUUUUAUUGAAAAAAUAGAAUUAACAUGGUAUAGUAUAUAAAAUUUACCUGAUUUACUUGAAUUUUCUGAAUUAAUCUAACAUCAAUAAAAUUUAUUUAUGAGAUAAUAAUUUGAUUAAUUAAUUAAUGAAUAGAAAUUUCAUAAUAAAAAUGAAUACAUCAAAAAUAUAACAGAACGAAUCUCAGAGAAAAAUUUAAAGUUAACUCUUGAAAUAUUAGAUGAAAUUUAAAUAUUUGAAAUUAAAAAAAUGAAUGCUCAAUUUGAUUCAAUUAAGAAUGAAUUUAAUGAAAAAUUAACAUCAAUUAAAAAUGAAAAAAAAAUAUCAAAAAAGGUAUUUACAAAAUAUGUGAAUAUGUUAAAAGAUAGGAUUAAUAGUGAAAAAUCAGCAUGUAAUUUAGCAAUAUAUGCAGAAAUUAAGACUUAAGAAACUAUUUUAUAGAAAAAAAAAGGAUUUAUUUAAUUGGAUUAGUUUAUUUUGAAUUUAAUCGGAAAAGAAGAUGAAUUAAAAUACUAUAAAGAAAAUGAAAGAAGAAUUAAAGAUAAAUUUGAUAAACUUUGGGGUUCAAUUGUUGACUAACAUACUGAAUAAUAAGAAACUAUGUUUAAAGAAUUUUGUGAUAAAUUACUUUAAGUAAUUUAAUAAGAGUUUUCAAAUUAUAUUUUAAAAUCAAAGCAUGAAACUCAAUAUAAAUAAGAAUAUCAUAAUUAAAAAUUACUUUAAAGACCUCCAUUAAAAGAAGAUUAUUUAAAAUCUCUUUAAAUUUUAAGUCCAGAAUUGUAAACUUAAUAAUUUAUGGUAAUUGAAAAUUCAAAUAAAAAUUAUUAAUAUUAUGAAACUUUUGUUUAAAGUAUUAAUAACAAAUUAAAAAAAUGUUCAGAAUAAUCAAUUUUAUAAAUAAACAAAUUUUAUAAAUUAAAAGUAUUAUUUAGAUGGAUUAAUUUGUAAGAUUUCCAUAAAUACAUGUAAAAUGAUAUGCUAUCUGAUUUAGACUAUUACUAGUCUUAAAAUAAAAAAUUAGAUAAGUAUGCUCUAAAAAAUUUUUUUGAGCAUUUUACAAUUUUUGGGUUUGAAAUAGUUUAAGAAAGCGUUGAUAAAUUAUAUGAUUUAUUUAAAAAAUGGAUUAAUUGGGAAGGAAGAGAGGGAAAACAGUAACAGCUUCUUAAAUGUUUUUCACCUGUACAAAGAUAAUAGUAUUAUAAGUAAGUUUAAUAUGAUUUAUCAAUUGAUAUAAUCAACAAAAAUUUUAAAGGAUUUGCAAAAUAUACUAAAAGCUAAGAAGUAAUAAUUUAAAUAUCUGAUAAUAAUAAUGACUUGGAUAAUCUUAUUAAUAAAUACAAUGAAAAUGAUGAUAUCUUUUUAGUUGAAAUACAAGAAGAAAUAAUUUUAGAUCAAAAGAUUUUAUACAAUCAAAGAGAUGUUUUUAAUUAUAUUUUGAAUCAGAAACUUAAUUAUCAUCUUUAUUACCCAUUUAAGAAUAAUGUUGUUAAAAUUAUUUAAUAAUUAAUGAAUGAACAUAAUUAAGAAGGUUGGAAUAAAAUGUAUUGUUAAAUUAAUGAAUUGAUAUUUGUUGAAAUGAUAGAAAUAAAUAAAGAUGCAGUUAUUCAAUAAAAUGAGAAUGUUAAAGUUAAUUAAUAUAGUUUUAGUUUAAUAAAAAGAAUAAUGUCAAAGAUAGAAUAGUAAAUUAAAUAAUUUAAUAAAUAAUUUUCAUAUUUUGGAGUUAUGUUGAAUGAUAUAGGAGAGAGAUGCUUAUUUUAUUAUUCAAUUUUCACAAUUUGGAGAUUUUUAUGUUUUGGAUAAUAUUAAUCAACUGAAUAAAACAUUAAAGAAUUGAAAGAUUAGACUGAUGAAUAAUAUCUUAAAUUUAAAGCUGAUAUUUAAUAAAAUAAAAAAGAGUAAAGUAAAAUUAGAGGAAUAACUUAAGCUACAGAUAUUAUAAAUGUAGCAACUUAAAGAUUAUAUGUUUAAUACUCUAUAAAAGCAUCAUAAAUAAUAAAUGGAUAUAGUUAAGAAUCAAGUUUUGAUAUAAUUAAAUAAUUAGAUAAAGAUAUUCUUGAAAAAUCUGAUAAGAAUGUAACAGAUGAUUAGAUAGUUUAAUAUAUUAGAAAUUAAACACAUUAUGUUGAAAAAUAUGUUAAAGAUAAGGUGGCUGGAAUAAAAUAAGAAAUUCAAACAAAAUUAACAAAUGAUUUACGUGGUGAUUUAAAAUCUCAUAUAUAAAAAGUCGAUGCAAAUACUAAAAAUUUACAUGGUUUUGUUACUUAUGCUCUAAAAGCUUAAGAUUACUUUAUAUCUUUGAGUAACCCUGAAGAAGCUCCUGGAUUAUUAUAUAAAAUAGUAUUGAGUUGUCUUGAAGGAAAGGUUGAAUAAAAAUUAUUAGAAUAAAUAUAAUAAGAUAAAAGAGAUGCAUUUUAAACUUAAGAUUUCCAUGUUUUUGAUGUACCUUUAUGUACUACUACUUAAAAGUCAGAUGCUGAAAUAUAAAUAUUAUUAGAUUUUAUUAAUGCAUUUGAAAAGAAAAUAANUUUUGAAUCAGAAACUUAAUUAUCAUCUUUAUUACCCAUUUAAGAAUAAUGUUGUUAAAAUUAUUUAAUAAUUAAUGAAUGAACAUAAUUAAGAAGGUUGGAAUAAAAUGUAUUGUUAAAUUAAUGAAUUGAUAUUUGUUGAAAUGAUAGAAAUAAAUAAAGAUGCAGUUAUUCAAUAAAAUGAGAAUGUUAAAGUUAAUUAAUAUAGUUUUAGUUUAAUAAAAAGAAUAAUGUCAAAGAUAGAAUAGUAAAUUAAAUAAUUUAAUAAAUAAUUUUCAUAUUUUGGAGUUAUGUUGAAUGAUAUAGGAGAGAGAUGCUUAUUUUAUUAUUCAAUUUUCACAAUUUGGAGAUUUUUAUGUUUUGGAUAAUAUUAAUCAACUGAAUAAAACAUUAAAGAAUUGAAAGAUUAGACUGAUGAAUAAUAUCUUAAAUUUAAAGCUGAUAUUUAAUAAAAUAAAAAAGAGUAAAGUAAAAUUAGAGGAAUAACUUAAGCUACAGAUAUUAUAAAUGUAGCAACUUAAAGAUUAUAUGUUUAAUACUCUAUAAAAGCAUCAUAAAUAAUAAAUGGAUAUAGUUAAGAAUCAAGUUUUGAUAUAAUUAAAUAAUUAGAUAAAGAUAUUCUUGAAAAAUCUGAUAAGAAUGUAACAGAUGAUUAGAUAGUUUAAUAUAUUAGAAAUUAAACACAUUAUGUUGAAAAAUAUGUUAAAGAUAAGGUGGCUGGAAUAAAAUAAGAAAUUCAAACAAAAUUAACAAAUGAUUUACGUGGUGAUUUAAAAUCUCAUAUAUAAAAAGUCGAUGCAAAUACUAAAAAUUUACAUGGUUUUGUUACUUAUGCUCUAAAAGCUUAAGAUUACUUUAUAUCUUUGAGUAACCCUGAAGAAGCUCCUGGAUUAUUAUAUAAAAUAGUAUUGAGUUGUCUUGAAGGAAAGGUUGAAUAAAAAUUAUUAGAAUAAAUAUAAUAAGAUAAAAGAGAUGCAUUUUAAACUUAAGAUUUCCAUGUUUUUGAUGUACCUUUAUGUACUACUACUUAAAAGUCAGAUGCUGAAAUAUAAAUAUUAUUAGAUUUUAUUAAUGCAUUUGAAAAGAAAAUAAAAGAGGCUAUUUCUAAUUUAGAUUAGAUUUAAAUAGAUUUUGAAAAAUUAAAAGUAUAAGCUGAUUUAGAUACAUUAUAACUUAAAUAAAUUGGUUGUUUAGAAUAUUGUCCAAUUUGUAAAAGAAAAUGUGAUGAAGCUGUUGAUGAUAGUAAUCAUAAACAUUAAUGUAAAAAUGGACAUUAAUUAAGAGGUAAUAUUAUAUUAUAAUUUAGGAAUGAGUGGAGUUUUGAUUGGUUGUUAACCAUCAUUAUAUACUUGUGAAGAAAUAUAAGAUGAUUUCUAAAUCUAAGAAUUAGAAACUUAAUAAAUUAAAAAAUGGAAAGAUAUUAAAUCAGUAUAUAAUACUUGGUAGUUUUCUUGUCUUGAUAAAGCUACUUUACAAUUAUGUAAAGAAAAAUUUAUGAAAAUUUGGAAUGAUAAAAUAGGAAGAAUGAUUUGUGAAAAACUUUCAAAAGAAAUUGGAAAAGAUAUAUUUUAUAUUCCAAAGUAGGAAGUUUAAUUAGGAUAAAAUUAAGGAAAUUAAAAAACUGCUCAUUAUAUACUUAUGUUAGAUGAUUCUGGUUCAAUGUCAGGAAGACCUUUUGAAUCAGCUAAAUAAGGUUUAGUUGCAUUUCUUUAUGAAAUUUAAAAAAAUCCUAGUUCUAGGGUUACUAUUAUUAUUUUUAAUAGUAAUGCUAGAUGUGCAAUUGAUUAUUAAAUUCCUAAUCCUUAAGUUUAAUAAUCAAUGAUCGUUUAUAAUGGAGGAGGAACUAAUUUUGAUGCUGCCUUUUUGCUUGCUUAUGAAAAAAUCUAAUCAAAUCCUCAUUUUAAUUAAUUUAAUUCGUAAAUAUCAAUAUUAUUCAUAGCCAUUCAAUAUUCUUUUAUACUGAUGGAGGUGCUUCUUAUCCUUCAUAAGCUUUAGCAAAAUUUUAAUAAUUACCAUCUGAGAAACGAUAAAAAAUAGAAUUAAUUGCUUGUUCUGAAGAAUCUUCUCCAGGUACAUUAAUCAAGGUGGUUGAAUUUUUUAAAUCUAAUUUUUUAUUUGCUAAAUUGCAACCAUCAAUGCAACCAGAAAAAAUAGCGUAGAUAUGGAUAGAAGAAGUUAGUAAAGUUACCCAUUAAAUAAAAAAUUGUUGA